AUGCCACUCCAAAAACGCGGAACAAGCCUCCAGUACAAUAACUCUGCGACCAUGUUCUCGGCAUACAAUGGUCCUGUCAAGACCUAUCAAGUCGUCAAUACGAAAGCGUUCAAUACUCGUCACCUGCAGAUCCGCCACAACAACCGGCCACUCCUGUGGGCAGAAACGAAGCGAUCGUUCUUCUCCGCUCCGCAGACCAACCUUCACAAAGGCUCCAUGAAUGGACCUGUUGUCGCGGCUGUGAAGCUUCGAACAAUGAGUUCGAGCUUCCUUGUUGCAUACGGCGAUGCUGUUGGCCGGGAUCUAUGGGAGAAAGUCCAAAGCGGGAUCUUUAGCAACAAGCAGUAUGGCUUUAUGUUGCAAGGACGCCAUUUCUGUUGGAGAAGAACGCACGACAAAUUUCUAGGAGCGUCUAGGAUGGGCAGCCAGGACUUCAAGCUCCUGGAUGCUGCGAACGAUAAGGUACUGGCGGCAUAUAUGAACCAAAAUUGGAGCAUGAGUUCUGGCGAUGGUAGAAUUGAUUGGUACGUGGAGCUGGGCCAGGCACUUGAGAUUAUGGCCAUACCAGUGCUGCUCGGGCUGGAGAUGAGGAUUCGAGCGGCUCAUGCCGCGGGUGCAGCUGGUGCAGGGGAAGGCGGAGGCGGAGGCGGAGGAGGCUGA